AUGACGACUGAGAAAGAGCUCAAUGAAACAACAGAGGUCAUCGAAAAUGCCCAUGGUCAAGAACGAGCUCACGCCGUCGAAUUCGAGGCUCCGAUGCAACACAUUCAGGAACUCAAUGAGGCAGAGCACAUCAACCUGAGUUGGCGGUCAUGGCUGGUGGUGUUUGUUACCUGCUUUGCCAUUAUGGCUCAAGUAUUUGUGGUCGUGGCUGCAGGCUCGGUCAUUGCAUUCAUCAUUCGAGAUCUUGGUGAUGGUGCAAUUGCUGGCUGGAUCAUCCAGGGACCACUGCUUAUGCAAAGCGUGUUGUCCCCAAUCAUCGGCCGUCUCAGUGAUGUCCUGGAUCGGAAAUACCUUGCCUCAAUCCCUCCCUUGAUCGCUUUUGUUGGCGCCGUCAUUUCCGCAAAAGCAACUUCCAUGUCCAUGCUGAUCGGUGGUGGUAUCCUCAUCGGUGUGACUUUGAGCACCAUUGCUAUCGUUCAGGCUAUUCCGAGUGAGGUUCUGCCUUUGAAAUUCCGGGCACUGGCAAAUGGCUUCGCCUUCCUGGGAGGUGCUGUGGGCGGACUUGUCGGCGCCCUGGGUUCAGGGGCCGUUACAAAUGCCAGUCCCUCUGGUUGGCGCGAUAUCUUUUGGAUGCAAGCUGCAUUCCAUCUGGCCACCUUUCUCGGCUUGAUCUUGUUCUACCAUCCCGUUCGACGCUCGGACUAUCCCAAAAUGUCGUUCAAACAACUUGUCUGGGCUUGCGACCCUAUCGGAUCAUUCCUUUUUAUCGCUGCCUGUACCCUGCUUCUUUUGGCCCUUGAUUGGGCCGGUGGUGCAUAUGCGUGGUCAGAUGUUCAUGUCGCUGCACCACUGGGCCUUGGAUUAGGCUUUCUCGCCUUGUUUUGUGCAUAUGAAUGGAAGGCCCGCUCGGAUGGUCUGGUCGCUCAUGUGUUCUUCAAGGGCUCUCCCAAUUUUGCAUUAUCGGUUUUCGCAUUUGCAGUCGAAGGCUGGCUGUUUUACAGUGCUGUAAACAGCGUGACGCCACAGAUUGUGCUGAACCUCGGUUUCGAGACCAGUGCUUGGAAGAUUUCCAUCCGACAGUUGUCGUACAAUCUUGUGACACUCUUCGUCUCGAUACCAAUCAUGUUGUACGCCACAAAGUACAAGGACCUGAAAUCUCCCUUGAUCUUAACUUUCCUCAUUUUCCUUAUUGUAACGAUCUGCUAUGCGGUGAUCACCCCGAGCAUGAACAGCGCCCAGAUUGGUUUCAAUGUGCUCUCGGGCAUCGGACAAUCUGGACCACUCACUCUCAUCGUCGCCCUCAUCCAGUUUACGGCGCCUCAUGCGUUUCUGUCCACAGCGACUGGCCUUGGUUUCUCUGCUCGUGCAAUUGGUGGCGCAUUUGGCUCUGCUGUACUAGAUGCCAUCAUCAACGGCAAACUCAAGUCCUAUGCCACAGUCGUCGGCAAUGCCGCUGUUGAAGCCGGACUGCCAAAGUCAUCCCUGCCAGAUUUGCUGAAAGCUCUGGCCACUGGAGCUGGAUUUUCCGACGUUCCAGGGCUGAAUGGAACAAUCUUGGACAAGACCUUGAAUGCGAGCCACUUGGAGUAUGCUCACGCAUACAGACUUGCUUGGGCCAGUAUCAUUCCAUUUGUAGUCCUCGCAUUGGUGGCGAUCUGGUUCCUAAAAGGUGUGAAAGAGUUGAUGACUGAAAAGGUUGAGGCGACGGUGGAACACGUCAAGACACCAGAGGCAAACAAGGCCUGA